GAGUUAGGCGGCCGGUUUCUACGUCUGACAUUCGAUUAAAUUCUAUACAAUUCAAUAUGGCAGGUACGAAUAUUCGAAUCGUCACAAAAUUAAGCCGUGGAUGGGAGACGGAUGAACUCGCGAUACUUUGGUGACCAAGUCAAACUGGAAGAAUAAGUAUAAGUAUUAUCUCUAAGUCCAUCUUUCAUAAUUAAUUCAGCAUCAUUCUCACAUUUAAAUUCUCAUAACAAAACCCAUUUCUCAAACCAUCAGAAUAUUCUCUCCGAAACAAAUCUCAUAUUCCCACUCUCAAACUCCAACAGAACCAAUAGAUCCAACUAUCUCUCGAUAUCCCUCCAAAAUGAAGGUCAUCCUCACUGGCGCAACAGGCUUCAUCGGCACAGAAGUCGUCCGCCAAGCCCUCCUCCACCCCUCGAUCACCACCCUCGUCGUCCUCUCCCGCCGCGCCCUAUCUCCUCCCAUCACCCACCCCAAACUCCAAAUCAUAAUCCUUGCCGACUUCGCCGUCUACCCCCCCGAUGUCCUCACCCAGCUCGACGGCGCAGAAGCCUGCAUCUGGACCCUCGGUAUCAAAACCGCCUCCGUCCCCGACCAACGCCUCGUCUCCAUAACCUACUCCCUCGCCCUCGCCACUGCCCUCACCCAACUCCCCACCCCUCCUUCGCACCCCAUCCGCUUCCUCUUCACCGGCGGCGCUCUCUCAAUCUCCGACCCCAACUCCUCAGCACUCUUCAUGGGCCCCGCGCGCAAAGUCAAAGGCGAGGCAGAGAUGGAGAUCCUUGCUUUUGCGGUGCGCGCAGAGAACAGGGAGAAGAUCGAGGUGGUGGUUACGCGGCCGGCGAUGGUGCACGCGCCGGGGUCGGUGGUGGGGGGGCUGAUGUCGGGGCUUCCGGCUGGGUUGAGGGGUGUGGGUGUGAAAGAGUUGGCGGCGGUGACAUUGGAUAUUGUGCUUAAGUGGCGGGAUGAGGGGAAGGUGCUGGAUAAUGCUGAGUUGGUGAAGAGGGGGGUAUUAUUGGUCAAGGCUGGAUUGGAGGGGGAGAAAUAAGGGGGUUUCACGGGUUAGGUUCUGAGGGCUGGAUGUUGAGGAUUGAAUACUAAUGAUUAGACAUUGGGGAGUAGGUGCUGAAGAGCGAAUUUGGAUUAGGGACUUAUUCACGAAGUAGAGACGGUGUCGUUAGAUAGAGGUGACUUGGAAUAUAAUAGCUUUGUUUU